UUGUGUGAAGCAUUUCCGAGGGGUGUUGAGUUCUCUUCAAGAGCGCAGUUGAGUGAUCUCAGGUCCUUUGUUGGAUAUAGUCAUAUCAACACGUGGAGCUGCCGUAGUUCACGCGGGAAUACAACUUUCAGACAACUGUGGAUUCUCCCUCUAGCAAAUCUUUCAAUAUGAGAACCUUCCAAGCUCUUCUGCUUCUGCCAACUUUGUUCACACUAUCUUGCACCGUCCGUGGAAAUGAACGGGACAAUUCUCAAUUAGGGAAAGAUUGGGACCAAUAUGCCGAGACCCAGUUCAUCCAGUGGACCGGCAAUAGGACUGUAUCGUACAGCAACAAAACUUUGAAGAGUAAGGCCUGCAGUCAGUUCAAGAACAAUCUCAAAAUGAUCGAGCAACACAACAAAAAGUCUUCGUCCUAUAAACUAGGAUUAACCAAGUUUGUAGAUCUUAGCGCAAAAGAAUUCAAAGCGAAACGCCUGCAACGCAAGUUCAAAAAAGGAAACAGAACCUUUCAGAAAACCUUGCUCAAAUCAUCUCAGGAGGAAUCUAUCGCCGUCGACUCUGUAGACUGGAGGAAAAAGGGGGCUGUAACGCCGGUAAAGAGUCAGGGACAAUGUGGUAGCUGCUGGUCCUUUGCUACGGUUGCAGCUAUCGAAGGAAUACAUCAGAUUAAAACAGGGGAAUUGGUCGACCUGUCUGAGCAGCAAUUGGUGGACUGCAACUUGGAGAAUGCAGGAUGCAACGGGGGCAUAAUGGAUGUGGCAUUCGAUUUCGUGAUUGCAAAUGGUGGCUUAACAACAGAAGAUCGCUAUCCUUACCGUGCUUACGACCAACUUUGUCAAAUUGAAAAGGGUGUUGUCACCAUUGACAAUUACGUCGACGUAACAUCAAACAGUGAGAAAGAUCUAAAACAAGCUGUGGCAAAGCAGCCUGUGGUUGUUGCUAUCGAUGCAAGCUACAUACAAUUGUAUCAGAGCGGAAUCUUCGACGGACCCUGCUCCACAAACUUGAACCACGCGGUGACGGUCGUGGGCUACGGGACUGAAGGCGGAACUGACUACUGGAUAGUGAAGAACUCGUGGGGCAAAAGCUCGUGGGGCGAAGAUGGCUAUAUUCGCAUGAAGCGCAACGUGGACGACCCGCGUGGACUGUGUGGCAUUGCUAUGUGGCCCGUGUACCCAAUCUAGAUUUCUUCCACUCUAUGAAGCAAGAGGGAGAAGCAAGAAUAGCUCUAGAUUUGCUCUAUUUAUUGCAUUAUGCCGAGAAUAAACUGGAAGUGACCGGUCUUAUUACAUAAUAAAUGGGGGCAGAAAUAUCGGUGCCGCAAGGCUUGAGAAUGUCAUGCUGAGUUGUAUGUCAUUACUCUUACUUCAACGCGUUAGUGACAUUUAACUGAAUACGCUUUUGAAUGUCCUCGUUUUUAUAUCAUCUACAUCGCAAAAUUAGAUUUAUGACAAACACAAGUCUGAAGAAUUGU